CACGAAGGGUUGCAAUAUGAAGAGCACGAGCAUUCUGUGUAACACUUAUGCAAAAUAUUCUUUGGCCCAACAAAGUGAAAUAAUUUGUGUAUGAUGAGUAGCACUUAUUCCACUUUAAAUUUACACAUAUGAUUUCAGAAAAUAUCCUGAUUGUGACCUCCCUUGAAGGGCUUCCUGGUACUGGUGCUGUGAUGUAUAACUGCAGAGAAUGCAAGUCCCACUUCCCCACAAAACUAGGCCUUAUCAGACACAUGAGGAAGCAUCAUGGGCCAAGAGCAUUGUUCCAGUGUGAGAGAUGUCAAGAGAAGUUACCCCUGGCUGAAUUCUGUAACCAUACAUUGAAAAAACACCAAGGUGUAAAAUGGAAGGACUUCAGGUAUUGCCAGUCACUCGAUAAAGCAAUAUGUGAGAUCUGUGGACACUUGGUCUCCAAGGCAACCAUGGAGACACAUAAAAACAGUGUGCAUUUUAAAACUGAAACUUUUGUAUGUGAUCAUAAAAACUGUGGAAAAUCCUUCCUUAGUAAGGCUUAUUUGAAACGUCAUAUGAGGGUCCAUGGGAGUGAAACAUUCGCGUGUAGUAUCUGCAAGAAAUCUUUUAAAUCCCAAAUUGGCUUGAAACUACAUCAAGAUAUUUCCCAUAGUGAUAAUCCAGGAAAAUCCUUCCAAUGUAACACUUGUGAGAAGUCCUAUUCUUGUAUGCAGUACCUUCAGGAACACAAGCUAAGGGUGCAUGGCACCAAAUAUAGGUGUACCUAUUGUGACAAGUCAUUCGGUUCCAAGAAAAUAUUCAAAGACCAUACGAGGAUCCACACUGGUGAGAAACCAUAUAAAUGUGAACAAUGUAAUGUUAGUUUCACACAAACUGCAAGUUUGCACAAACAUAAACUAUCCAAGUCACACCUGGAUAGAUGCCCAAAAGGGGUUGAACAGCAAGAUAAUAAUGUGACUAGGGGAGAUGUUGAGACAAAUGAAAUCGUUGGUCAAGCAAAUAUGAAUACGGGUCGAGAAAAUGAAAGUUCAGAUGUAACUGUGAGCCAAGGAAAUGUGGUCCAAAGUGAUAUAGGUAUGGGUCAGAAAGAUGUGAAUAUGGGUUCAAGACAUAUAAAUAAUAAUCAAGUGAAUGUUAAUAUGGGUCAAACACAUGCUUAUCUGAACCAAGAAAAAAUGAAAAUGGGUCAGAGUGAUAUAAAUAUAGGUCAAAUAAAUGUUAAUAGGGAUCAAGAAGAUUUGAAUACAGAAGAAAAAGAUCAACAUUUUUGUCAAAGAGAUGUCAAUUUACAUGUAUGUGAGGGAAAUGUAGACAAUACCUUUGGGGAAGUAAAUGUAAACAUGGAUCAAGCAGAUGUGUAUUUAGGCCAAGAAGGUGUUAUUAUUGGUGGAAGAGAAGAAAAUAUGGGUAAAAAUAGAGUGAGUUUUGGACAAUUAGAUAUGAUAGUGAGUCAUGAAAAUUUGUGAGUCAAAAAGAUCAAAAAAUUGCUCAAAUUAGCUCAAUUGGAAAUGUGAAUACUACUAUGUGCACAUGUGUGUAAUAUUGCUCAGGGAAAUGGGAAUAAAAUAUCGCCAACUCCUUAAGAUGUGAAUGCAUUAAUUUGCAAAGAAAAUGUCAAAAUGCUAUAUAGCGGUUCAUAGAGUUAAAGAAUUAUUAAUGCAUCAAUUUUAUCAAUGAGUUGGUAUUAAUAGUGAGUGAGUGGGAGAGUGAGUGAGUGAGUGAUUGA